AUGUCAAAGACAUCGACACAGCCGAAGCUGUCACCACAGUUUUGUUUCAAUGAACGAGCAUUAAGAGAUUUCCUUCGAAUCUCUCGAUCGACGAUAGAUGACUCCAUAUCUCAAAACCUGAAUGCGCUGAUUACCCCGGCCCGGUCAGGGUUCGACCCGUCCUCGACCACCGCCAGACAGACAGAAAUGUCCCAUCACGGCCAGAUUGACGGAGAGAGAUGUCAGACUUUCAAAGACGAGGUCUUGUUCGCUUCCUGGCAAGCUAGAUCGGAUGUCUUGACGUACUGUGCCGGCGUUGCUACGAGUCCUGACCCCGACGAUCCGGAUCUGUUGCUACGACAGGAAGAGUCAUCGAGGGACCGGGAGAGAGUGGUAGAUGAACGCCUGGAUCCUUAUUCGGCCAGGUUCUUCCCCAAGGAGCCGCGGACAGAGUCCCUCGCCAUGCUGAUCCGGAACGAACGUGGCGUGGAGAGGAUAGUGAGGUCUCGCACCUGGGAUAUAGUGGGAGAGCGCUGUGGCAACUCAUUUGAGAGCUGGGAGGAUGCUCUCAACCGGUGGCGGGCAAAGCGCGAGCAGUCUCAUUGA